GUGGCCAGCGCCACGGGGGCGUGGCCGGGCGGGCUCACCCGGAGCUCAGCGGAGCUCUGCGCAUCUCCGUAGGCUCCGCAAGGCCAGGAUCCGGGAAUCGGGGCCCAGGACAAGCUGCUGUCGCCAUGAGCGCUGUGGACCUUGCCCGCGUGGGCGCAUGUGUCGUGAAGCACGCGGUGACCGGGGAGCUGGUGGAGCUGCGCAGCCUGUGGCAGGAGCAGGCCUGCGUGGUGGCCGGGCUGCGGCGCUUCGGCUGCAUGGUGUGUCGCUGGAUCGCGCGCGACCUCAGUGAGCUCCGCGGGCUCCUGGACCAGCACGGCGUGCGCCUGGUGGGCGUGGGUCCAGAGACGUUGGGUCUGCAGGAGUUCCUGGACGGCGGCUACUUCUCCGGAGAGCUCUACCUGGAUGAGAGCAAGCAGCUCUACAAGGAGCUGGGCUUUAAGCGGUACAACAGCCUGAGCAUCCUGCCAGCCGCCCUGGGAAAGCCUGUGCGAGAAGUGGCUGCCAAGGCCAAGGCUGUUGGCAUCCAAGGGAACUUGUCUGGUGACCUGCUGCAGAGUGGAGGGCUGCUGGUGGUCAACAAAGGUGGUGACAGAGUUAUGCUGCACUUCAUCCAGAAGUCCCCAGGUGACUAUGUCCCUCGGGAGCGCAUCCUGCAUGCCCUGGGCAUCUCUGCAGAGGUUGGCACCAACAAGCCACCCCAGUGUGACGAGAUGGUGUGUGGGAGGUGACAGCCCCAGCCUCUGCGGACCUGGAAGGUAUCUGCUGCCUUAGUACCCUGGGUGCUCAACCAGAAGAACCUUGCCCUUUGGUGCUGGCUGCGACACUGGGCCUCGUCUGAUUGUCAGGCAGCACUGAGCCAUUAAAACUGCUGUCCCCGA